UACAUUAUCUAUGACUUGAAGAAAAUGGCGUAUGUAAAGCAUUACUGCGCUGAUGUUAAAUGUGAAUCAUAGUUUCCGAAUUGUGAAAAUUUUGCCGCCACUGUCAAAAUAUUUUUGUGUACUUGUGUAUUUUGAAUUAUAUUUUUAAUUUAUGCCGGUCUAUUUAUUACUUUGUUAACUAUUUCUUUAAAAUUAAUAUUACCAAGUACUGAAAUAAAAAACGUAAGAAAUGAACGUAAGAUUUUUGUACAUAAAAUAGACAUCAGAUUUUAUUAUUUCUUCUGUUAAUUUUUUUGAGUAAAAAUAAAGAAAAUAAUUGAUCGUUUGCAAUGGAUAUGGAACAGAUUGUUAUUAAAAGUGAAAUACAACCCAAUGGAGAUAUUCUUUUGUUUUAUGUGGAUGAAAGUAAUGAUGUCUCUAAUACAGGCAUUGUAGAGAAUGACCAGCAGGAAGAUAUUCAAAUGCUUUCAGAAACUAAAUAUGUCAUCGAAGACACAGGUGAGAGUGAAUCAGCAGACGAGCUUGACUUGGCCCAAGCAAGUGAACAGUUGGCCACAGAACAGUGGCUUGAUGAAGAGAUAAGGCGACUUAUUGUUUUCUAUCUAGAUAAUAAAGAAACAUUCCGCAGUGGCACCACAAAAAAGAAACAUUUAUGGGCCGUUGCCUGUAAAACAAUGCUGCUUGGUAAACAACCUCUUUCAUGUGAAUAUAAACUACGCUCAUUUCGGGAUAAAUAUUUCCAAAUAUAUUCAGAAAGACAAAAGGGAAAGAAUAUACAGUGGCAGUUUUAUAAUCUCUGUCACCAGGCCUUUCAGGAUGAAAAUCCUGUGGAUACUUACUUAAAUGUAACAGAAAACAAACCCGAGGUCAUAAUAAAUCCAAAUGGAAAUAGCUCUAAUACAAAAAAAUCUUCAGCUGAUGCUAAUGUGGAGAGAAUGCUGAAAUUAUAUUUGCAAUACAAAACUUACUAUUUAAGCAAUGUGAAUCAAAAGUCUGUGUGGGAAAAAAUUGCAUCUGAUAUGGGAGAGAAAGAUGUGGAUUAUUGGCACAAACGCUUUUUGAAUUUUAAACAACAUUAUGUUAAAAUGCUUUAUAAGAGAUUGGAGAGUGGUAGUAACAGUGUAAAUUGGCCAUACAUGCAAAUUUUUGAUGAAAUUUAUGAAAAAGAUGAAGAAUUUCAAAAGAAGUUUGCUCCCAAGCUAUUAGCUGUACCAGUUGAAACUGUUGAUAAAAAUGCAUGGAAUACAACUGAAACUACAUUCCUGGCUAAAUAUUAUUUUGAUUGUUUCAAAGAUUUCCAAGAUCCAACAAUACCUAAUGGAUUUUUGUGGCAUGAAGUUGGUCGACUACUGGAUAAAAAGCCAGAGUCUUGUAUGGAGAAAUUUCAAGAAUUAAAAAAUGCACAUUUUGAUAAACUUAUAUUAGGUGGUUAUGAUUUAGCUAGUCGCGUCCCACUAGAAAUAAUAUUGGACAAUAUAAUUGCUAAGGAAACUGAAAUAGAGUUAGACAAUCCUCGGAAAAGCUUUCAUUUUGCUGACAAUUGGCAAGUGGAAAGGCUUGAUGUAUUGGUGCAGUAUAUUUAUGAUAAUAUCAAUAUGGUGAAAGACCCUGUAUGUUAUUACGUUUGUUGGGCGACAGUUGCUAAGAAACUGGCUUGUAGUGUUGUAGAAUGUAGGAAACAGUGGGAUAAUUUAACUGCAUUAUAUAAAACAAUAUUGGACGACAAGAAGGAAGAUCCAGAAAUGCAAAUAGAUUGGCGAUAUAUAGAUUUGUUUGAUAGAAUCUUUGAUUAUGGCAUGGAUGUCAAUUUGUUGGCUGGAUAUGAAAAAUCUAAAAACAAAGACCAAGCUGAUUCAGGGAAAAUUGGAGUCAAGAAAAUUCAUAUCAAGGACAUUGAUGAUAAUGAAAGGGAUAUUCGUUCUGACGAUGAAGUGUCCUAUGACGAAAGAGGCUUCACCUUACGCUCCAAACGACGAAGCGGUGAGGCAAAAGCUUACAAAAUACUAGAAUACUAUCUCAAAAACAAAGACAAAUUCAGCUCAACCAAUUACAAGAAAUUAAUUCUCUGGGAGACAUUAGCAAAACAGAUCGGCAUGACAGCCGCAGAAUGCGCCCACAGGUUUAGAAACUUCAAACAAGUGUACAGGCAUUACAUUCAAAGGGAAAUAAAUAAACCGGAAAUGCCAAUUGUAUGGCCCUAUUACGCCCUAUGCAAGAAAGUAUUUGGAUACAGAGCUAUAAAGGCAAAACUCAAAAGCGGAAAAGCAGAUUCUAGUGAUAGUGAAGAUUGGUCCGCUAAAGAAAUUAAAAAGUUAAUCAUUUAUUUUGCGAAUCAUUUUAGUGAACUCGACAAUGAUGUUGAAAAUAAAUCCAAGUGGACAAACAUAGCUAAUGAAAUUGGCAGGACUGAGAAUAGUUGUUCAGAGAAAUUUAUAGAGUUACGCAAAUCAUAUAGGAAGUUGAAGACGAUGAAGACUAAUAAUCCAGAGACCAAGGUAGCAUGGAAGUAUUUUAAUAUGAUGGAUGAGAUAUACAGCAAUAACCAGAAAGCCGAGGUGGAAGGUAUGGAGAUAGAUGAAGAGCAGCUGUAUGCAAAUAUUAAAUCUGAAGUACCAGAUGAUGAUGAUUUCCAAUGUAUCAUUGUUAUACCAGAAGGAGGAGACAUGAGUCAAGCACAAUUUAUAUACCAGAAAAAAGAAGAGGACGAAGUUAUAGAAACUGAAGAAGUCAAAAUGCCAAAUCCAGCAAAAGUAUGGAACAAACGAUCAAAAACCCGUCUGCUAAUACAAUACUUGAAGUAUUUAAAAGCACAUGAAAACCAAGAAAUCAAUCGAAAAGAUCUAUGGACAGAGAUGGCUAAUAAAAUGGACGACAAAUCCCCUUCUGCGUGCAGAAAAAUGUUUCUUUUACUUAAAAAUCGCCAUAAAAGUGAAAGUUCCGAGUCAUCACCAUAUUACAAAUUGAUGCAGAAAAUUUUAGCUCAAAAGCCGAUAUUUAAAUCGAGCAAAAAUGAUGAUUUGGAAGAAAAAAAGAUAUAUAAAGAUGUCCUAUUAGAUGAUAGCAAAGUGGAGCAAGCAUUGACCUACUAUUUGCAAAAUUUAGAAGACUUUAUCAACCCUAAAUUUGACAAGAAAUAUCUAUGGUCUGAAUUGGCCACACACCUAUCUGAACCAGCGAAUGUAGUCUUUACUAAAAUAAAUUACUUGAAGCAAUCAUUUAAGAACGGGCUCGAAACACCAUUUAGGGGUGUUUUAGAAGAGAUAUUGAUUAAGGAAAAUGAACUAAGAGAGAAUUUACAAGACAGCAAGAAUAUGUCUUCAGAAGAUAAUUUAGAAGAAACAUGGACGGAUAUUGAAACGGAGCGUUUGCUAACAUGGUAUUUGGCGCAUUUGGAUAAAUUUAAGAAUCCAAAAUUUGUCCGAAGUUAUCUAUGGAUGGAGGCUUCAGAUAUUUUGAAGAAAAGUCCUUUAGUGUGUUCUAAGAAGAUGAUGGAAGUUAGGUCACAGUAUCGGACUAUGGUGAAGGAGAGACCAGAAGAGUUGGAAGAGUGGAGGUUUUAUAAUCUGUGCCAGAGGAUUUAUGGUACUGGAAAAAAGAGUGUCAGUGAAUAAGCUAUAUUUAUGAACAAGAAAUAUUAUUCUGAACUAUGAUUAACGUUUGUUGAAGAGUGAACGGUUUAAAUCUGGUAAGAUAUUAAUUACAUGAGCUUGUAAAUAUUGUUUUAUUGUUGUGAUUAAAC